UAUUUGCAACUCAGUGUUUAAUUCUUGAUAUGGAUAAUGUGCAUCUACCUCGCAUGUAUAAAAGCUAACUACCGAACACAAUUUUUUUAAUUAGUGCCACCAUGAACACCAGAGUUCUUGCUUUAUCACUAACUUUUGCAGCACUUUGUAUUAUACCGUCAGAAUUGCAACAAACGAACAAUUCCACAUGCUCUACUAAAGUAAUGUCUGCAGCGUACUGUAUUGUACAACGAAUCAAACAAAAAAUUAAUGCCUUGCAACUCAACACAGCUAGCCAAUCUGAAAAAAUAUGUUUCGCGAGGUAUAUUAUAAAUGAACUAUUACGCUUACUGGGGCUUAUGCCCACUACCUGUAGUGGCUUGGCAGACGUCAUAAAUGGACUGUUUAUUACAACUGGAGGUCUCGUUUGUACUCUGGCUCAAAUUUUGGAGUCAUUACUUGGAGGACUCCUAGGUGGCCUUUUGGGAUAAAUUAUGAUUAUUAAAUAUGGGUAC